GCGGUGGUCAGGUUAGCAUAUAAUUUGCUAGCGUUCUAGGUUGAAGUAUCCUUUUUUUUCGCGGAGGUUGUGGCAAAGAGAGAUGAUGACAGAAUAUAGUUGAGUUGCUUUAAAUAAAGGUAUCUUGAAGGAAGGGCUGCUACUAUUAUGACAUAUUCUUGACUUAUUUUCUGACUGCUGUCCUCCCAACUUUCUGUAAAACAGAUAUUGCAGAGAGAAAGCAAGGAAACCGAGCAAAUGAUUCGUUCAGUGUUAGCAGUGGCAUCUCCACUUCACCAGAUGUUUACAGCCAGAUUUUGCACCUCCUCUAUUAUGUUAACUGGUGUUCGACCUUUGGGUCCAAAAAACAAAGCACCUGAUUUUUCUGGGACAGCAGUUGUAAAUGGCGAUUUCAAAACAAUUAGCAUGAAAGACUACAAAGGAAAAUGGCUUAUCCUAUUUUUUAUCCACUUGACUUUACAUUCGUUUGUCCAACCGAGAUUACUGCCUUCAGCGAUCGAUAUGCGGAGUUUCAGAAAUUAAACGCAGAAUUAAUUGCAUGUUCGUGCGACUCCCACUUCUCACACCUAGCUUGGACACAGGUCCCGCGUAGUGAAGGUGGUCUUGGUGAUAUGCAGAUUCCAGUGCUUGCAGACUUUAAUAAAGAUAUAGCGAAUGCAUUCGGUGUGCUUGAUCAUGAAACAGGUAUCUCAUAUCGAGGUUUGUUCUUAAUUGAUCCAAAUGGUGAAAUCCGUCAUACUCUGGUGAACGACCUUUCAGUUGGUCGUAGUGUGGAUGAAGCAUUUCGUACGUUGAAAGCCUUUCAGUUUGUGGAGAAACAUGGUGAAGUAUGUCCAGCAAAUUGGUCUGAUGAUAAGCCAACAAUUAAGCCCGGUGUCAGGGAAUCCAAGGAGUACUUCAAAAAGUUGACGGUCAUGCAUUAAAGAUCCGAUAGCACGUAAAAAUGAAUUCUCAUUUAAGCUACUUGAAGUUCUUUUUUUUUUUCGUUUUGUUUUGCUUUGUUUUGAACGAUAGAGUUUUUUAUUUGUUUGUUUAAAGGUUCAGUUGCUUUUUGUGGUGAUAUCUAU